GAGGCAGCUGCUCUGUUGCGACAGGAGGGAAAGCGCGGCCGGCCGGAGCCCGCGAGCGAGCGAGGCAGCAGGAGGCCGGACGGAGCAGGCCUUGGCCGGAGGGAGGCAGGCAGGCCGUCGAGGGCGGGCGCCGGGCGAGGGCUCCUGCCGCCGCGAUGCCGUCGGACCUGGCCAAGAAGAAGGCGGCCAAGAAGAAGGAGGCGGCCAAGGCCCGCCAGAGGCCCCGCCGAGGCCCCGAGGAGAACGGCGACGACGCCGGGGGGGAGCCCGACGCCGCCCGGGGGGGCCGCGAGGCCAACGGGGGAGACGCCGAGCCCGAUGUGGACAGCAUCUCCAAGGCCAUUGAGGACUUUGAGCUGAAGAAGGCUGCUGCCCGCGCCGUGACGGGGGUCCUCGCCUCGCACCCCAACAGCACCGACGUCCACAUCAUCAACCUCUCCCUCACCUUCCAUGGACAGGAGCUGCUGAGCGACACCAGGCUGGAGCUCAACUCGGGGCGGCGCUAUGGCCUCAUUGGGCUGAAUGGCACUGGGAAGUCGAUGCUGCUGUCGGCCAUCGGGAAGCGGGAGGUGCCCAUCCCGGAGCACAUUGACAUCUACCACUUGACCCGCGAGAUGCCCCCCAGCGACAAGACGCCCCUGCAGUGCGUGAUGGAGGUGGACACAGAAAGAGCUAUGCUGGAGCGGGAAGCAGAGCGGCUGGCACACGAGGAUGCUGAGUGUGAGAAGCUGAUGGAGCUGUACGAGCGCUUGGAGGAGCUGGACGCUGACAAGGCGGAGAUGCGGGCAUCGCGGAUCCUGCACGGCCUGGGCUUCACCCCCCUCAUGCAGAGGAAGAAGCUGAAGGACUUCAGUGGCGGUUGGCGGAUGCGGGUGGCCCUCGCCAGGGCGCUGUUCAUCCGGCCCUUCAUGCUGCUGCUGGACGAGCCCACCAACCACCUGGACCUGGACGCCUGCGUGUGGCUGGAGGAGGAGCUGAGGACGUUCAAGCGCAUCCUGGUGCUCAUCUCCCAUUCUCAGGACUUCCUGAAUGGCGUCUGCACCAACAUCAUCCACAUGCACAACCGCAAGCUCAAGUAUUACACGGGUAACUACGACCAGUAUGUGAAGACCCGCCUGGAGCUGGAGGAGAACCAAAUGAAGCGCUUCCACUGGGAGCAGGAUCAGAUCGCCCACAUGAAGAACUAUAUCGCCCGCUUUGGUCAUGGCAGCGCCAAGCUGGCCCGCCAGGCGCAGAGCAAAGAGAAGACCCUCCAGAAGAUGAUGGCUUCGGGGCUGACCGAACGGGUGGUCAACGACAAGACACUCUCCUUCUACUUCCCCUCUUGCGGGAAGAUCCCACCUCCUGUCAUCAUGGUGCAGAACGUCAGCUUCAGAUACAGCCAAGACGGGCCCUGGAUUUACAACAAUCUGGAGUUUGGCAUCGACCUGGACACUCGCGUGGCCCUUGUGGGGCCCAAUGGGGCUGGGAAAAGCACGCUGCUCAAGCUCCUCACAGGGGAGCUGCUGCCCAGCGACGGCAUGAUCCGCAAACAUUCUCACGUCAAGAUCGGCAGAUACCACCAGCACUUGCAAGAGCAGCUGGACCUGGACCUCUCCCCCCUCGAGUACAUGAUGAAGUGCUACCCAGAGAUCAAGGAGAAGGAGGAGAUGAGGAAGAUCAUCGGGCGCUAUGGGCUGACGGGGAAGCAGCAGGUGAGCCCCAUCCGGAACCUGUCGGACGGGCAGAAGUGCCGCGUGUGCUUUGCUUGGCUGGCCUGGCAGAGCCCCCACAUGCUCUUCCUGGAUGAGCCCACCAACCACCUGGACAUCGAGACCAUCGACGCUCUGGCAGAUGCCAUCAACGACUUCGAGGGAGGCAUGAUGCUUGUCAGCCACGACUUCCGGCUCAUCCAGCAGGUGGCCCAAGAGAUCUGGGUCUGCGAGAAGCGGACGAUCGCCAAGUGGCCGGGCGACAUCCUCUCCUACAAGGAGCAUCUCAAGUCCAAGCUGGUGGGUGAGGAGCCGCCUCCGCAGAUGGCAAAGAAGACUCACAGCGCCUGAGUGCCCUCUGCCGGCCCGGUGGGUCAGCUGAGCCGCUUCCCCCCAGAGACUGGUGCCAGCUGCCAGCCCACCUGGUCGCCUGCCGCUCCUCCGCCUUGCCAGGGGGGAAGGAACAGGCAGCAACGCCUGGUGGAAGCUUCCUCCUCCUCCUCCUCUUCUCUUCGGUUCCUGAGCUCCUGCUGCUGCUGCUUCUUCUUCCUCUUGCACCAUCACCACCACCUCUCCAAUCUCCUUCCCUCUGCUCCCCCCAGCUGGACAAGCCCUCCUCCUCUUCCUCCUCCUCUUCUUCCUCCUCCUCCUGCCUGCAGGGGGCAUUUCUCCAGCCCUGUGCACCAAGUGGGAGGUGGGGGCCAGGCUGACUCUGCAGGGCUGACUCUGCUUCCGUUUCCAGACUUCACUCCUUGGGCCUCAGUUUGUUUUUAGCAAUUAUUAUUUAUCGAUGUAAUUACCAGACCUGUUGGAGAACUAUCAGCCAGUAAUAAAGAGGAAAAAGUGUUUCAA